UCUUCUUCUUGUAAUCACGUGAUUGUGUGUUGCUCAUUGCUCAAUUCAAUAUGGAAGAGACUAAUACAGAGCCCCCUUAUUUUUGCAAUAAAGACAGUCAACCAGAAAGAGUUAAUAGGAACAGUGGUGGAGGGAUUGGAGCAGCUGGAGAUUAUUCUCAUAAUGAGGAGAUUACAAGAAUUGAAGAAAUAGGGCGAAUGUUAAAAAGCACACAGCAAAGACUAAAUGAAGCCAGCAUGAAAGCUCACCUUUUAAAUGUUGACGUGGUUACAUUAUUUGAUCCUAUAAAAUCGGAUCAGAUGCGUACAAGAGUUGAAGAAUGUCGUCAAUGUGUGGAGAGAAUGAAAGAGAAGGAUAGGCAGGUAGAGGAACAGUUUUUAAGCAAAGAAGAUAUCAAAGAAUGACAUAACUACUGCCUAUAUAUGCAUAUAGCAUCACUGUAUAAUCAUUAUUGUAUUAUAAUAGAUCACUUAUCCAUUCAAGUUAAAAUAUUAAUCUUUUCAAGAUA